CCCACGUUAUCGGACAGAAGACCGAAUGAUGUAGGUACACACUUUGGUCCUUUGACCGUUCCUAGCAUUCAUUCAUGUUCACUUGGCGAAGCCCCGUAGAUGAAGCGAAGGGACGCAAAAGUACAAAUACUUGAGCAAAAAUGAUAUUCAGGAACCAGAAUCCCAACUUCCUAGCAUCCUCCAACCAAAUCACCUUCACAGGCAAUCAUGUCGAAUGAACCUCGCCCACUUGCAACGCUGGAGCAUGAGACAUCUCCCAAAUCCAAAUCAAAGGUCGUUCACAACGUGGCCUUCUCCAGUCUAGCAUUGAUGAGCGAUGGCUAUAACGCUCAAGUCAUUUCUGCUGCUUUGUUGGUGUUGGGCAGGUUACAUCCUGAAAAGCUUACAAAAAGUAUGAAGACACAUAUCUCACAAGCAUACUUUAUCGGUAUCAUCGUCGGUGCUUUGCUCUUUGGAUUCUUGAUCGAUCGUUUUAAUCGAAAAGCAGGUGUCGUUUUCGCUACACUCUUAAUGCUCAUCGGUACAGUCAUGUGUACGGCCGCAAGUGGUGUAUCUGUUGAAGGUCAAUUGUGGAUGUUGGCAAUCUCUCGUGGAAUUUUAGGGUCCGGAGCGGGGGGUGAAUAUCCAACGUGCAGCUCCUCAGCAACAGAAGCAUCGGAUGAGAACGAUCAAGUACGUAAAAGAAGAGGAUUCUUGGUCGCUAUGUGUGGUGAUUUUGCAAUCGAUUUCGGUAUUGUGAUGGGAGGUGUUUUGCCUCUGAUUGUUUUGGCUGCUUAUGGCUAUACAUCAAACACUUCAAUUGAUGAUCUUAAAGGACUAAACACAGCUUGGAGAGUGUUCCUCAUCCUCGGUGCAAUCGUUCCAUUGUCCCUAUUUUAUUUCCGUUGGAAAGUCGUCACCUCGACUGCGUUCCAGAAAAAUAAAAUGUCUCACAACGGGUUCACUCUACGAAUCUAUUGGUUGAUCGCAAAGAGGUACUGGAAACAGCUUACCGGUGCUUCUUUGGCCUGGUUCCUUUACGAUUUCGUGGCCUACCCUUCCGGGCUCUUGACAACACCUAUCAUUGACGGUUUAAGUGGUUCAAAAGAUUCUCUCAUUUAUGCAAUCGGUUAUGGAGCUUUGGUGAAUGCGUUCCUUUUGCCAGGCUGCGUGGUUGGUGGAUUUUUACUGGAUAAGAUUGGUAGAAAACGUACACAAAUUCUGGGUUUCGUCGUUCAAGCUGUCCUCGGUUAUAUUCUUGGAGGUGCUCUGGGACCGAUUCAAUCUAGCUUACCAGCUUUCAUCGUCAUGUAUGGCUUAUUUGUCUCUUCUGCUGAAGCAGGACCUGGAGUGGCAACAAUUUUGAUCAGUGCAGAAGUAGCCCCGACGGCGAUUCGAGGUCAUUUUGUUGGAUUAGCAGCAGCUUUUGGUAAAGCAGGAGCAGCAAUUGGAACAUCAGCUUUUGGCGCUUUACAAGAACGUUAUUCGAGUGAAUUAGAAGGACAAAAGAUGGUAUUUUAUGUUGCUUCUACAUUUUCAGUCGUUGGUGCGAUUAUUACUUGGCUUCUUAUUCCGGAAAUGUCUCGUAAACUUGAAAAGGAAGAUGAAGAUUUCCGUCUUUGGUUGAAAGAACAAGGAGUUGAAAUGCCUUGUCAAAAUGAUUCUUUUGAAGUUAUUGAUACGACUGAUAACAUCAAAGCUGAAAAAGCGAGUGCCUAGAGAGAGGCAGGAUUGUAUAUAGUAAAUGUUAUCUAUGAAUGAAUGACAAAAUGAUGAAAUAUGCCUCAAUGUCAGCCACAAGCCUUCGAGUAUGGUCUUUUCGAAUGCCGCCAGCUUGUACUGGAUCCGAUAUGUUCUUGUGAG